AUGGAUGUUCAGUGUGCUGUGCAGUUUUUGGAUCCACCAAGUGAAGAACGUUCUCCCCUCCAAUAUUUUGAAAGUUUUAUUGAUGAGACCAUAAUUGACAAUUUAGUAGCGCAGACAAAUCUAUACUCUACUCAAGUUUUAGGACCAAGUAUAAACACUAGUGCCAAUGAAAUAAGACAGUUCAUUGGCAUUCAUUUACUAAGUGGUAUUGUGAGUGAGCCGAGUUACAAGAUGUAUCGGGCAAAUGAGACAAGCCAUAGUCAGAUAGCUGACGUGAUGCAACUCUGUCGAUUUUACAAGUUGAGGAGGUAUUUUCAUGUGAAUGACAAUGCAAAUAUGUUACCCAGGGAUGACCCUCAUCAUGACAAACUGUUCAAGGUCAGGCCAUUUUUAGAUCAACUAAAGAACAAUUUUCUAAAGACCAAAGCUGAAGAAUAUGACAGUAUUGAUGAACUUAUUAUUCCACUAAAAUCACAUACUUCUCUGCGCCAGUAUAUAAAAUCACAGCCACUCAAAUCGGGCAUAAAAGUAUUUGCUCAAGCUGGUGUAAAUGGCUACAUUUACGAUUUUGAAGUGUAUGUUGCGAAGGCGACAAACACUGCAAGUAAUCCUGAGUUAGGAAUGAGUGGAAAUGCAGUGAUUCGGCUGAUUGAGAACUUGCCUAGGCAUGCCAAUUUCAAACUCUUUAUGGACAACUGGCCCACUCCCUUCAACCUAGCAGUAAAGCUUAGAAAUGAAUGA